UGAAAUAAGGCAUUCAAAUGGAUGUGAAAAAAAUAUUAAAUCUUUUAGCCUACAGUUCUAAUGAUAAUCUACAACUUAAAUAUUUUUCUUCUUUAGGAGCAAAUUUGAUAUCAAAUAGUAACAACGCGGAUAUCAUAAUUAAAUACAACGCAUUAUACGAAAAAAUACAGCAAUGUCUCCGAAGCGGUCGGCACCCAUUUGUAGCUGUUGCAUUAAAUUUAGUGUUUGCAAUGUUGAGUGUUGAGACAACUGAGGAGCCCUCGUCGAAUCGAAGAACCCUUCACAUUCAUGCGCAAAAUAUGCUAAAACUUAGCGGGUGUCUAAUAACUAUGUGCGAUAUAUUUACCAAUAUGAUGCACCAAGACACCUGGAGGGUUCUAUGCUGUUGUCUCGCGGAGGCUUGCAGAGGCAGCACUUUAAACCAAAGCAUAUGCUCUCAUCUCGUUCCCUUGUGUAUACAACACUGCCAACGGGGGAACUUGGACGUUAUCGUGUUAUUGGAGAGCUUAAUAAAUAAACAUGAUCGUAAUGCCAAUUUAUUUUUCGCUAACAAUGGAAUGGCGAUAUUUAAAAGAGAGGCUCUCCAAAAUCUGCCAUGUCUACACCUGUUGAAUGCUGCAAUUGAAAACGUACCAUUUGCUUAUAUUGGUGCGAUUUUAGAAGCAAGGAAAGUUUUCCACGAUUUGCACAUGAUAGCUCACAUGCACGGUCCUUCCUCGCAGGUAGCCAAAUGGAAAUCAGUCAUUUUAUACUCACGCGAAAAAGUUUUUGGCAAGUACAAUAUUAAAGAGUCUCAAAAUAUUAUUCAUUAUGACGAUACAGAAAACAACGCCUUAGCAAAAGAAGAAUGCAGCUUACCAAAGAAUAGUUUUAAAAAGGAUGACAAUACAACUACAUUAUUUAAUAACAUAUUACAAGAGGUGGAAACACACAAAGCUAUUGAUAGGCAAUACCAUAGUAACCACCAUAGUAACAUUCUAAAUCAGUAUUUAGUUGAAGUUCCAAAUAUUGGUGAGCAGAGUCAACAAGCAAUUUUACGUCGAAGCGAUCGAGAUUUGUCUUUUUCUUUUUUAAAACUACCACAUUGUCAUCCAUAUAUCGAAAAUCAUGACAUCAAUAGUAGAAUACCAUGCACAAAUAAUAAUAAUGAAGAGUCCAAAAUAAUAAUUAAUAAGAAAUAUGAAGGAAAUCACAAAAAAUGCGUAAGGGAUUCUUUCAGUUUUACACCUCUAUAUGCAUCGACACCAAAAGUUUCCGACAGUUUUCGGAAAAAAACUAACAGCAACAGAUUUGGUAAAAUUCCUCACAGAGAUCGUCGACAAUACAGAAUUCCUAUUUCCAAUAAGAAUAACGCUCGUGAUACCCUAAACGUCAAAAAUAGUCUGAGUAAUCGAUCGCUUAGUUCGAAGAUUUUAAAUGCAUUGAACAGUUCUUGCACAACGAUUGUCCAGGGUUUACAAAAUAUGUUUAAACGAAAAACUAUAAAUGAUACACGCGAGAAGAUGGAUAUAAGAAGCAAAAAAAAUAAUUAUAGCUUUACAAACUAUAUGAACAUAAGGGAUAAUGUUCUUUCUGACAGUGAUGGUGACAAUAAUUUCUCUCGGUUCAGUCACAGAAGUGCAUCAGAAUGUAGUACAUGUAACAGCAGUGCUGAAUUAAGACGGAAAUCUAAAUCAGAUCCAUCACUCAGGAUAACUAUAAAGAAGUUGAAGUUAGGCAUGAUGAUCUACGGGUGUGAUUUUAAGCGAAUUGCCAAGACAUAUUGGCCGAAUGAAAAAUACGUUACACCCAGAUCUCUUUAUAACUUAUACCGAAAAGUAAUAUUAAAAAAAUAAAUAUAUUAUUAAUGGUAUGAUUUCUUUACAUACACCAAUAGCCAGGUAUUACAAUUAUAGUGUUUUUGCAAUACUUGGUGCCUGGAGCGCCUGGAGAGUAUUAUCUUAUCAAUAUUGAAUCAUAACUCAUUUUUCUUGCAGUGAACAAUAUUUUUUAUUGCCUUGUAUUUAGUAAAUUGU